AUGAGCGAUGUGAGCCAGAGCCCUUCUCUCCCCUUUCGUCUUGCAGAUUCCUCCCAGCUCGACCAUGAGCCGCGCCUUUUGCAAGACGCCCACCACCACAGCAACCAACUCCACAACUACAGCUUCCCCGCUGAAUUCGUGCACUCAUCACGGUACACAUUGAGUAGCAAGCUCACCGAAUCAACGCUCGAUGCGCUCCGUAAAGCAAGCACAACGAACAACAUCAACAAUGCUCCUAUUCGCAACAAGCCCGCAAUGCAGCAUAUACCCCACGGCCAGAGUAAACCAGAACGCCGUCCUCAUCCCACAAACCAUGACACACACUCCCCACCAGCCGAAAACUUCCAACGUCCUCGACUCCAACAACUCCGACCCGGGAUCGAACUGCUUCAACUCAGCAUAUCCCUACGCGCUUCUCGUCUCAACAACGCAUUCACCAAACUCACACACGUGUACAUGACGUUACAACACGACAAGCUGGAGAUCCGAAAAGCUGCCGGCCAGGAGGACUUUGCUACGAUUCACCUGGAAUACGCGGUUUGCGCCGUGGUUGAGGGGCCGAUAGUCGGCUAUGCUAAGAGGUGGUGUUUGAGGGCUUGUGAGAUGGCGGGGGACUCCGAAUGGAUAGUGGCGAGAUGGUUUGUCGAGGUGAGACAUGUGGUUUUGGAGUGGGCGGGGGAGGUGGUGUGGUUGGCGUUUGGGACUAAGGAGGACGCGGAGUCUUGGAAGGAGGUGCUUGAUGAGUUGAUGGAUUGCCCGCAUGCGCUUGAAGAUAUAAGGUGA